CGGUUGACAACGGAGGGAGGAGGAAGUGGAAGGGGGAGCAGCUGUCCACCUGGAGACCAAUGACAGGACAGGUAACAACAGCUGAUUAUUGACCCCCACCCCCUCCCCGGAGCUUCGGCACCAUGAACAGCUCGGAGGGCCUGCGGGCGCCGGUGGCCCCCAGGAAGCCGCUGGGGAAGCUCGCCUCCCGGCUGGAGGAGGUGAAGAACCCGUGGCGGCAGGUCGCCUCGCUGGAGCUCAGCCACAACGAGGCGGCGCGCCUGGCCACGGACGCGCUGCUGGAGCUCGGGGAGAAGGAGUACCGCCGGGUGCUGUCCGAGGAGCGGGAGCUUAACUUCCUGUCCCCCGCGGAGGUGUGCUACAUUACCGGCCAAGCGGCCAAGGCGGCCGGCUCCGAGAGCAGCGGAGGAGAUGGUGGAGGUGGAGGCGGCGGCGCCGGCUGUCCCAACGAGCGGGACUUCGGGGACGGAGACGCCGUGUCCGACCUCACCUCCGGGACCUACUUCCCGAUGAUGUCCGACGACGAGCCGCCGAUGCUGGAGCUCGGCUGGCCGGACUCCCCCGCGAGGUACGGCCCGUCGGAGACGCAGAUCUACUUCCAGAGGGACAAGUCCCACAACGUCAAGGACAUCAUCAGGGGCCUCAUCAACAGGGCCAAAAAGGUGAUCGCGCUGGUGAUGGACGUCUUCACGGACGUGGACCUGCUGUGUGACCUCAUGGAGGCCUCCAACAAGCGCAAAGUCCCCGUGUACAUCCUGCUGGACGAGAAGAACCUGGAGCACUUCACAGACAUGUGUUCGGCCCUGGACAUCCGCAGCACUCAUCUGAGCAACAUGAGGAUCCGCAGCACAUGUGGCGACACCUACUGCACAAAGAGCGGCAAGAAGUUCACCGGUCAGGUCCUCGAGAAGUUCAUGAUCAUCGACUGUGAGGAGGUCAUGGCUGGGUCGUACAGCUUCACCUGGCUGUCGGCUCAGGUGCACAGCAACAUGGUGAUGCACUUCUCCGGUCGCAUCACCGACAGCUUCGACCGGGAGUUCCGCUGCAUGUACGCCGACUCGCAGAUCAUCGAGCGAUUCGCCUGCCCCGAGGACGAGGGGGCGCCGUACUACCAGCCCUACCAGGCCAUGAUGAUCCCCGGCGCCAUGGCGGGGCUGGACCUGCUCUCCGACAGCAGGCAGAGGGACUGGCGGAGCUCGGAUAACUCCAGCAGCCAAUCGAGCAGCAGUGUGUCCAGCGUCAAGGCUGCGCCUGGGAUGACCUCCAGCACCGUGUACAAGGUCACCCAAGGUCACGACAAGAAGGAGUUCAGCAGCAAACCCCACCCGGGGCCCAUGAGGAGGGGCUCGGGGCAAACGCCGGCUCCUCCGACUCACGUGACGCCGGGGCCGCGAGUCCCCGCCAACGGGGGGGCCAAUCACCACGCAGCCGUGGACCGGACGCCGCCGCCCUACGGGCAUCUGGCGGCCGGAGAGUGGCUCAAGUCCAAGUCCAACUUAGUCGGCCACUCCUCCAAGUUCCAGGGGCUGGGGUUGUACGACCAAAUGUCAAACCUGGAGCCCAAGGCCCAGCCGCCCCCCCCCGCCAACGAUGGCAAACUCCCCCGCAGGCAGAGGUCCCCCUCCAACCUGUUCCUCAACAGACUCUCGGACCUCUUCCUGCCCCCCUCCAGCAAAGAGCCCUUCCGGGGGUCCCCGUCCCCCCACGGCGCCGCGCCCUGGGGGGGGCCGGACCUCUCUCAGCCCGAGCCGGAGAGCCAGCAGAGCCCGCCCCCCCCGCCGGGCCCCCUCUCCCCGACCGUGCUGAUGAACCGGCACGACCGGAAGCGGAUGACGCUGGGCCACAGCAAGCUGGACAUGGUGAACCAGUACAACCAGUCAAGGCAGGUGUACAGCCGCUUCGAGCUGAAGUCCUCCGACUGAAGGCCGGUCCACGGCGGGCUGGACCCCUGGACCCCCCCCCCCCUCACUUCCUGCCUCUCUAAGAAGCGGAUCGCCUCUCCUAUCAUGUGAGCAGAGGUUUGUGGUUAAAUGUUAAAGAAUUAUUUUAGAACCGUUAGAAAAUCUGAAAAAUUCAAAUGAUCACCCUUUGUAAGGAAAUGCGACGACAAUGCAUCUGUUGUUGGAGAUGAUGUCGCUCAGCUUCCAGCUGCUGGGGCGCGUGUGCAAAUUUUGUUCUUCCCUCUUUCUGGCUCCUCUGCAGCAAGCUGUAAAGUUUGCAGUUCUUCCUUUGCAGACAGCUUGGUAAAACCAUCUAAUGCUGGGAUUUCCCAGUGUAAAAUAUGACAUUUUGCACUCUGCUAGCACAGGAUUAGCAUUAGCAAAAUUACAUUCAACCUAAAAGGUAUAAAAUCGCUCGCUGUAAUUGUGUCACAGCUGAUUUUUGUCGGUUUUACUUUUUUGUUUAAACUAGGGUCAUUUGCAAAGAAAGAGGACAGUUUAGCUGCAUUCCCUGAGUAAGUAAAGUAAUAAUUGGAUGCUGAGGAGAAGAAGAGAGAAAUAAAUAAUUAAUGAAAAGAAAGUCUAAACAUCUCUAAUAGUCAAACCUUUACCAAGCUUGUGGUAAGUGGUUUCAUUCUUUUCUUUGUUUCUGUGCUCCAAUUGUUUGUGUCAGGACAUUGUUCUGGACAUCACAGAAUAAGUGUUAACAAGGGACAGACGUGUCCCUUCCUGCUGUAAAUGAGACAUUUUAUGGUGAAAGAACUGAAGGUUUUACAGCUUUCUCAUCCCUUCAAAUGUUGUGGUUGUUUUGUAAAUAGACUGUGAAUCAGACUUUAGAUACAGUUCAAACUAAUUGUACUAUUUGUCGUGUUUUCUUUUGGGGAUGAAUCAAGCUGAUAUUUUGUAGUCUUUUAUCCAAGAGGAAGUGCUAAUAUUUGACGUGGAUGAAUUAUUUGGAUGUGUUUACUGUUCAUUUCAGUUGGUGUGGAUUUACUGUUUUUUUUAAUGUUUUACAGGCAUCAAUUCCACCACGUCUCAUGUUUAUUACUAUGACGAAUGUAUAUAACAGUGUAUAUAAUACAUGAAGUGAGGAAUCUGGGUUAUUGUUGAAGAAACACUUUUGUUAAAAGUUUUUUUUAUUUUUACAAUGUGUUAUUUUACUGGAGAAUGUGAACUUUCCGUUUAAAAGUCGGGCCAUUGUUUGGAAGAUGAACACUUGAGGGUUUAAUAAAACAAAAGUUUGGCGUUACGAGAUUUGU